AUGAAUUCUGAUGAACAAGAAAUUGUAGAAGCUAGGAAAGGUACAGGCAACCAGCUGACCUUGAAACAGAUGAGAGAACUCUUUGCCAUUGAUGACUGUGAACAAUUGUCACUUAGUUUAGAUGUUUACUCCCGGUUUAUACAUUCGGGUUACAGACAUGUAUUUUCUGAGAUAAAGAGAGGAAAGGAGACGGAGGAGGUAGAAGAGGCCAGGUCCGAUGAAGUCACCAUCUCGGCCCUACUCCAAGGUCAAGUGGGUGGCAUCUCAUUCAGUAAAGCAGACUCUCCUCAGAGGUCCAGGAGAUACAAAGAGUACCUUGUCACAUCCUACCCUCAUGACCUUGACAUCUCCCAUGCGAAAGACCUACCAGGUGUGUACAGUGCAAGACGCAUCAAGUCUGAAGGCAAGCCACUAAACAGGAUUGUCAUCGUCUGGGAAAAUGAAACGCCGCCCCCCAAUCAUCACACGUUCCUAGGCCCCUACCGGCCAGCCUGCCCCAUAACACCCUGGGUGUCCUCAGCUGUCAUGUGUUUUAAAUGUCAACACUUUGGUCACGUAGCCAAGCACUGUCAAUCUCCAGUCACCUGUGCCUUCUGUGCAGCCAAUCAUCUCACUAAAGAAUGCCCCAAUAAAGACCACGCCUUUGGGACCGAUGAAACCACAUCCUCAGCCACCAAGCACAAGUGUUCCAGCAUUUAUGCUAAGAUCAACAUGGGCAACCUGAGACAGUGUUCAAGCGAUCCUCUCGCCAGCCCGAGGUGUGAAGUGAACGUCCAAGUAUCUAGUGAAAUGCCUUCCAGUGAUAACUACAAUCUCAACAUCUUCUUCAUCAAAGGCUCGGACAACGUCGUCGCCAAAGCACUCUCCCGAGUCCACGAGGUGGAACCUCCCACUUCAACUCUCCACUCCACAGCAGCAUCUCAGGCGAUAGGAACAGGCUUCGGGGAGGAGCUGUUACGUUCGGUAGGUGAACGGCGCUCACGACACGGUGGGUACUCCAUAUACUCGGGAAUCACCACAUCCGGCGGAAGCGGUCGCGCCCAACCGCAGUACACCGAAGACGAAGAACCCGACUUGGGAGGCAGGAACACCUACGCCGAGGAAGCAGGAGACACCGGAAUAGCGGGCGGAGGCUGCCGAGGCGGCAACACCGCCCCCGACAAAGCAGGAGACAGAAGAAAUGGCCGGAGACGUGUGAGGCGGCAGAACCGCCGCCGACGAAACGGGGGACGGGGGAGGGGGGGCACGGAACCCUCAGGGCGUGCAACUUUCUUCAAGACCAUCACCAGGUCGCCACGUCCACCCUCAACCUCGCAAGGGGAAACCACCCCCCACGGGGAACCGGAACCAUCCGACGCGGGCGACGCACCCAAAGCAAGAGUGUAUGGUUCACACGAGACACCACGCCACAUGCCGGAGACGGAGUUCAUCCGGAUGGAAACGACAGUCCCAAACUGGCCAAAAUACCGUCAAAGCAAAGCCUCCGUGAAUUCAAAUAGCACACCAUGCAGGGCCACAUACGUCACCAAGCAGCACCGACACCCGCCCCCCACCGACACCCGCCCCCACCGACACCCGCCUCCACCGACACCCGCCUCCACCGACACCCGCCUCCUCCCUCACCCGCCUCCACCGAAACCCGCCCCCACCGACACCCGCCUCCACCGACACCCGCCCUCCGACACCCGCCUCCACCGACACCCGCCCCCACCGACACCCGCCUCCACCGACACCCGCCUCCACCGACACCCGCCUCCACCGACACCCGCCUCCACCGACACCCCCGCCAACUACACCCCUCCCACCGACACCCACCCCCCGACACCCGCCUCCACCGACACCCGCCCCCACCGACACCCGCCCCCACCGACACCCGCCCCCACCGACACCCGCCCCCACCGACACCCGCCUCCACCGACACCCGCCUCCACCGACACCCGCCCCCACCGACACCCGCCCCCCACCGACACCCGCCCCCACCGACACCCGCCUCCACCGACACCCGCCCCCACCGACACCCGCCUCCACCGACACCCGCCUCCACCGACACCCGCCUCCACCGACACCCGCCUCCACCUACACCCGCCUCCUCCGACACCCGCCUCCACCGACACCCGCCCCCACCGACACCCGCCUCCACCGACACCCGCCUCCACCGACACCCGCCCCCACCGACACCCGCCUCCACCGACACCCGCCUCCACCGACACCCGCCUCCACCGACACCCGCCUCCACCGACACCCGCCUCCACCUACACCCGCCCCCACCGACACCCGCCCCCACCGACACCCGCCGCCUCCACCGACACCCGCCUCCACCGACACCCGCCCCCACCGACACCCCGCCCCCACCGACACCCGCCUCCACCGACACCCGCCUCCACCUACACCCGCCCCCACCGACACCCGCGCCCCACCGACACCCGCCCCCACCGACACCCGCUCCCACCGACACCCGCCUCCACCGACACCCGCCUCCACCGACACCCGCCUCCACCGACACCCGCCUCCACCACCCGCCUCCACCUACACCCGCCUCCACCUACACCCGCCUCCACCGACACCCGCCUCCACCUACACCCGCCUCCACCCACCGACACCCGCCUCCACCGCCCCCCACCGACACCCGCCCCCACCGACACCCGCCCCCACCGACACCCGCCCCCCCGACACCCCACCGACACCCGACACCCCCCCACCGACACCCCCCCGCCCCCACCGACACCCGCCCCCCACCGACACCCGCCCCCACCGACACCCGCCUCCACCUACACCCGCCUCCACCGACACCCACCCCCACCGACACCCGACACCCCUCCACCGACACCCGCCUCCACCGACACCCGCCUCCACCUACACCCGCCUCCACCGACACCCACUCCCACCGACACCCGCCUCCACCGACACCCGCCUCCCACCGACACCCGCCCCACCGACACCCGCCUCCACCGACACCCGCCUCCACCGACACCCGCCUCCACCUACACCCGCCUCCACCUCCACCCGCCUCCACCUACACCCGCCUCCACCGACACCCGCCCCCACCGACACCCGCCCCCACCGACACCCGCCUCCACCGACACCCGCCUCCACCGACACCCGCCCCCCACCGACACCCGCCCCCACCGACACCCGCCCCCCACCGACACACUGACCGCCUCCACCUACACCCGCCUCCACCUACACCCGCCUCCACCGACACCCGCCCCCACCGACACCCGCCUCCACCGACACCCGCACCUUACCGACACUCGCUCCACCGACACCCGCCUCCACCUACACCCGCCUCCACCGACACCCGCCCCCCACCGACACCCGCCCGCACCUACACCUGCCCCCACCUACACCCGCCCCCACCGACACCCGCCCCCACCGACACCCGCCUCCACCGACACCCACCUCCACCGACACCCGCCUCCACCGACACCCGCUCCCCACCGACACCCGCCUCCACCGACACCCGCCUCCACCGACACCCGCCUCCACCGACACCCCACCCGCCCCCACCUACACCCGCUUCCACCGACACAAGCCUCCACCGACACCCGCUCCCACCGACACCCGCCUCCCCCGACACCCGCCCCCCAACGACACCCGCCCCCACCGACACCCGCCUCAACCGACACCCGGCCCCACCAACACCCGCUUCCACCGACACUCGCCUCCACCGACACCCGCCCCCCAACGACACACGCUCCCACCGACACCCGCCCCCACCGACACCCACCUCCCCCCACCGACACCCGCCCCCACCUACACCCGCUUCCACCGACACAAGCCUCCACCGACACCCGCUCCCACCGACACCCGCCUCCACCGACACCUGCCCCCCAACGACACCCGCCCCCACCGACACCCGCCUCCACCGACACCCGGCCCCCACCAACACCCGCUUCCACCGACACCUGCCUCCACCGACACCCGCCCCCACCGACACCCGUGAGUACACCCGCCUCCACCUACACCCGCCCCCACCGACACCCGCCCCCCACCGACACCCGCCUCCACCUACACCCGCCCCCACCGACACCCGCCCCCACUGACACCCGCCUCCACCGACACCCGCCCCCACCUACACCCGCCUCCACCUACACCCGCCCCCACCGACACCCGCCCCCACCGACACCCGCCUCCACCGACACCCGCCCCCACCGACACCCGCCCCCACCGACACCCGCCUCCACCGACACCCGGCCCCACCUACACCCGCCUCCACCUACACCCGCCCCCACCGACCCCCGCCUCCACCGACACCGCCUCCACCGACACCCGCCUCCACCGACACCCGCCCCCACCGACACCCGCCCCCACCGACACCCGCCCCCACUACACCCGCUUCCACCUACACCCGCCCCCUCCGACACCGCCCCCACCUACACCCGCUUCCACCUACACACCCGCCCCCACCUACACCCGCCUCCACCGACACCCGCCUCCACCGACACCCGCCUCCACCGACACCCGCCCCCACCGACACCCGCCCCCACCGACACCCGCCUCCACCGACACCCGCCCCCACCUACACCCGCUUCCACCUACACCCGCCCCCACCGACACCCGCCCCCACCGACACCCGCCCCACCUACACCCGCCCCCACCUACACCCACCCCACCGACACCCCCCCACCUACACCCGCUUCCACCUACACCUGUACUUUGAUGCAGGUGACAUCACCUCUUCUACGCAAUGAGGAGUGA